AUACACUACAUCCGAUCGUUGGAAAAUAAGCGGAGUGUUUUAGAGCGUUCUCAGAGCUUUUGAUCGUGCAAGAAUUGAUAAUAAUCGAUACUGUUUAACGGAACUAUAAAAUGUCUUCUCUGACAAAACCAAAAUCUGAGAUGACGCCAGAGGAAUUGGCGAAGAGAGAAGAAGAGGAAUUUAAUACCGGGCCUCUCUCAGUUCUAACACAAUCAGUCAAAAAUAACACCCAAGUAUUAAUAAAUUGCAGAAACAAUAAAAAACUACUGGGACGAGUAAAGGCCUUCGACAGACAUUGCAACAUGGUUUUGGAAAAUGUAAAAGAAAUGUGGACGGAACUUCCACGUACAGGGAAAGGCAAGAAAAAGGCAAAACCAGUAAAUAAAGACAGAUUUAUCCCAAAGAUGUUUCUACGUGGAGAUUCAGUGAUCUUGGUUCUGAGAAAUCCACUGGCAACUGCAGCAGGAAAAUAGAUUCAGGGCAAUUUUAAUUUUAUAAUUUUAAUAUUAUUAAGGCAACUAAUGCUAUAAUAAAGGAAAUAAAACGUUUUGAUACAAACGCAACAGCGUUUAUUGACGUGAUAAACCUUUUUCUGCACAAAUUUUUAAUCUUACGCAUAAUUCAUUAAAUAUUAAGUAAAAAAGUGUUUUAAGCA